CGGACAGUUCCUCGUCGCACGCGACCCCAUGUCGAUAAGAGGCCGUUCCGUAUGUGUGCGGCCAGCACACACGCCCUCCUCGUGUUCCUGAUCGGUGGGUCGCCACGUCUUUCCGUCCCAAAAGGGAACGUGAGUCCAACGAGAAAUCAGCGACCACCGAAGGAAAUCAACAAACGCAGUAGUCAGAAUUUUUUAAGGAAAAAACAAUCUUUAUUUGCGGCGUGAUAAGAAGAUUAAGCAACAAACAAAAUGGAGAACGCGAAGGAGGAGACGAUAAACAUGCAGCUGAUCGGUUCCGAAAGUCCGUACAAAGUUAAUAAUGAAAUCGCCGGAAGUGGUCUAAAUGCAUCGGAAGUCCCAAUAUCGCAGACCACAAACGUAGAAGACUACGAUCCCCACAAACAUCGAAAUAGGCCAAACCCGACAUCGAACGCAGAGACUUUGAUACAUUUGUUGAAGGGAAGUUUGGGCACCGGUAUCCUAGCGAUGCCGAACGCGUUCCGCAACAGUGGCCUGGUCACCGGUGUAAUAGCAACAGUGAUCAUAGGGGUGCUGUGCACCUAUUGUUUGCACGUAUUAGUGAAAGCUCAGUACAAACUGUGUAAACGGUUAAGAGUUCCUAUAUUGAGUUAUCCAUUGAGCAUGAAAUACGCUCUCGAGGAAGGGCCUGGGUGUGUCCGAUGGUUCGCACCCUAUGCACCAGGACUCGUAGACGGGUUCAUGAUUGUGUAUCAAUUGGGAAUAUGCUGCGUUUAUAUCGUAUUUGUAGCGUCGAAUAUCAAGCAGGUAGCGGACCAGUAUUGGGAACCAUUGGACGUUAAAAUCCACAUGCUGAUUUUAUUGGUACCAUUGAUUCUGAUCAAUUACAUUAGGAACCUCAAGUUACUCGCGCCAUUCUCCACCCUCGCCAAUGUAAUCACAUUUGUCGGAUUGACGAUGAUUCUAGUUUACAUGUUUAAGGAUCUACCCUCCCCUAAGGAAAGAGAGAUGUUUGGUACACUGAGAAAUUUCUCUCUCUAUUUCGGUACAACGUUAUUCGCGUUGGAGGCUGUUGGCGUGAUUAUCGCACUGGAGAACAAUAUGAAGACGCCACAAUAUUUUGGAGGAUACUGUGGCGUAUUGAACAUAGGAAUGACGAUUAUAGUGGCUCUUUACAUCGUCAUGGGAUUCUUUGGUUACAUAAAAUAUGGAUCCAAUGUUGAGGGUAGCGUUACUUUUAAUUUACCCUCCGAAGAAAUUAUGGCACAAAGUAUCAAAAUAAUGUUCGCAAUCGCUAUUUUUAUCACGCAUGCCCUUCAAGGGUAUGUUCCAGUCGAUAUUAUUUGGAAUACUUAUCUGGAUCAAAAGAUACAGAAGAGAAAAAUCUUCUGGGAAUACGUUUGUCGAACCAUCAUCACUUUGAGCACGUUUACAUUGGCCAUCACCGUUCCCAGACUGGGUCUCUUCAUCUCUCUAUUCGGCGCCCUCUGCCUCUCCGCUCUUGGCAUCGCGUUUCCAGCGAUCAUCGAGAUCUGCGUCCUCUGGCCAGACCGUGACUUGGGUCCCUGCAUGAUCAUGCUCGUAAAAAAUCUCUUGCUGAUCGUAUUCGGUCUCCUGGGUCUUGUGGUCGGCACAUACGUGAGCAUGGUCGACAUAAUAAAUUUCAAGUGAGGCCUUCGAUCGACGUCAAUUCAAGAAGGAUCGAAGGAAGGCAGACAGAUGGGGAUGAGAGGAAAGCAGAAGGGUUAAAUGAAAAAAAAAAACCAGUUUGGACACGCUUGUUCGAGUAUCGAGGACGAGGCUUCGUCACAGUUUUAUAGCUUAAUGAGCGGCGCCUUUUUAGGUAGUCAGGUACCUCCAAAGCGGCUGGAAGUCUUUCUUUUAGUGAAAAAUCGCGAGAGUGCAUUCUGGAAAUGCUUCUUGUUAGUGCACGUAGACCGAGUUUAGAUGUUUUAUUAAGAUGGAGAGUCGUGCAGUGUUGGAUAAAAGAGAGAGAAACAUGAUUAAUGGAGAAUUUAAUUGCUUGGAGUUUGAUUUCGCAAAGUGUUGGAUAAAUUUGUUAAUUUAAUCGUUGCUGUUUGUUCCUUGAUAGUGACUAAUUAGGCUUAAGAUAAUAGCGUUUUAUAAAAAAAUGAAACGAAUAUAGGAACCGAAAUGUAAGUCUUAAUGUUUAUUUUUCUUUAAGAUUUUUCUAUUCAAAUUUAAUUCUAAUCGUAUAAUUGUAAUGAAAUUAAUUAUUCUUCCCUUUCGAAUUAGAAAUAUUAGAUCGAAUAUUGUCCAUUAAGAAUAUUUCGCGUUUUUUCGCAAAGAGGAGUGCCCUCGAACACGGUGCCUAUUAAAUGAUUAAAUGCCUAGCUCACCUUAGUCGCACUGCCUGAGAGCACUUUGAGAAGAAUGAAUUAAACGUUCUUUGACUUGCUCAGUUUAUUCGAAAGUAUCUUAAAUAAAUAAUAGAAGGCUAAGUAGAUAUAACUUGUAAGAUAUAUGUAUUGUAGAAAAUUAAAAUUAAGACGAACGAUUUUACAAACUAAAUCGAAAGGGAAGAAUUAUCACGAAUUAAUAAGGUUCAUUUGUAAAAAAUUUUUUUACGAUAAAAUAUUUGUUUUGUAUCGAUGAAAUUUUCAAUAUUAAUUAUAAUGAUGUUUCAUUUUUUAAUUUUUAAAUGACGCCCAGCACUGGACAUAGAGCGCUCUUCAAAGAAAAAGAGAAACUAAAAAAAAAUAAAUAAAUAAAAAAAAAAGGAUAAAGAAGAAGUGAAAGAAACAUCAUGACAAAACGAAACCUGUGAUCGAAGAUUUUAUAAAACGAAUGUUGCAUUUCUAUCGAAUUUGUUGAUUAUUGUUGAAAGAGUUUACAGAUAUAUAUAUAUAUAUAUGGACGUUAAUUAUUUUUCGAAAAUGAAAAAAAAAUAUUUACGAAGUCGUUCGAGAGUUUUUCUUUCGUUCUCGGUGAUACGAGUACUUAUGCUCAUCUUACCGGAUGUUUCUACAUCCAGUGUGAUUCAGAUGUUGACAAGGAAAUUUUUUUUUUAUUUUGUGACAAUUGGAAACGAUAUCAAAAUAAGAAAAAGAGAAAAAUGAGAACUCGUAAUUAUAAACGUAAAGAAAAAUAUGUAUAGUCAGUGACUAUUAUAUUAUAUAUUAAAGGAAAUUUAAUUUCGAAUUAAGAUAUAAUCGUGACUAUAGAAUAGAAGAAAGACUAUACUGUCGAUAAUUACAUAUGAUUAUAUUUUUAAAGAAAAAUAUCAUCUUUAAAGUUUAAAAUCAUAAUUAUAAUAUUAGAAAAUUUAUAUAAUUAUCUACUAUAAAAUCUAAACUAAAGAAACGCUUGUUAGAAAAAAAUAUCACAUAAUUGUGAUUGUAAAGUAAAUGAUUAAUCAGAAAUUAUAUUAUCAGAAUUAAAGAAAUCAAUUAUUAAAAAAAAUUAUUAUUAUUAAAAAAACAGAUUUAUAGUCACGAUUACAAUAUUACAAAUCUCAUAUAGAUAUCGACUAUUCGAUUUAAAAAAUAUUAUUGUUAUGAAUGAAUAUAAGAUAAUAUAAGAUAGAAAACAAUUUUAUAAUCAUCUAUUAUAUAUGCAUAAGCUAUAAACAAAUAAAAUAGGUAGGUAAACUUCUUUAUUUACAUUGAAAUUUUGCACAAGAAUGAUUAAUUUAAGACAAUUACGUAAUAUACGUUUAGCUAUAUAGGUACUACUGUACUAAAAAUAUAGCAUUUGUAAUUGUACAUAUUCUAGUCUUUCUUGUCAAAUUUCAAUGUAAAAUUUUUAAAAAAAUCCCUAAAAAGGAAUCAAAAGUUUGGCCACCUAUUUCAAUUGUAUCCUGCAUACCCUGAAUCCGAGCCAAAAAAAUUGCAAAUUAUAAUCACUUUAAAUAAUUUUUUGUCAUAAUAAGCAAUUAUCCCUCAAGUAAUUAAAAAACCAAAUUAUUCAUAAUCAAAUGAAUAUCUUAUACAAUUGUUAAACAGUAUAAAGAAAUCAUUAUGAAUUCUUGCGAAUCAUUAUAACCUCUCAACGCCUGAAUCAUUCGUACGCCAGGACAAAAAAAAAGCAACGACACAAUAAAAGAAAUAAUAAUAAUGAUAAUAAAAGAAUGAAGGUCUAAGCUAAGACAACUGACGCCAGCAAUAACAGAGGCUCAUCAUCAAUGCCUUAUUUUGUAUUCGUUCGCGGCUACGAAUCAAGCAAGCUGAACCAGAGAUCAAAGUUCAACAUGGAAUAACGUACCGUAAAAAAGAGAUGCACCGCUACUUCUGUAUCAUUGUCACUGGCGGGAACUUACUCGGAUUAUCAUGCGAGUCACGAUGCAAUAUAUACACGUACAAACUCACACAAACAAAAUAUGUAAAUUAAAAAUCGGUCACAAUCUCUACGUCCAACGAUUCGUGACACACGACUCCCGCGCUCGUACUUCGUUUGCACGAAAUCGAACGAAAACUCCCGACGCGAUACGAAGUUACCCGAAUUUCCUUCGUGCUUAUUCGCGCUUUAAUGGGGUUACGACGAUCGUACAAUCAUUUUCUAAUUAAUUUAAAUUUCGAUAUUUUCAUUGAUUUUAAUCUAAUUUGUCUCCAGAAAUUUAAAACUUAGUGUUUUUUUCUAUCGAUUUUUGUUUGACUUUUCUGGACAAUAUCAUUAAUUGGUGAAAUUGAUAAGAGGUUAUAAUUAAAGAUUUUAUUGUUAUAAUUUGAAGUUUUUAUAAACUAUAUCCAAAUAAGAAUUAUUGGAAGAAAAUUUUUGAAUAUAUUAAUAAUAUUUAUGAAUAUAUUAAUAUAUUAAUAUAUUGGACAUGAUUUAUAUUAGAAACUUCAAAUUGUUAAUAAUAAUAAUCAUAAACCGUGAAAGUCUAAAAUUUUUGUUAUAGAAGUUAGUGUUUAAAAUUUUUUUUUAAUUUUGCAAUUAAAGAUCAUAUAUACAUAUUACGUAAAAAAUUUUACUAUUAAAAAAUAUUUAAAAAAUAUUACCAUUAAAAAAUCUCAUUUCUUCUUUGGUUUAAUGGUAUUUUAACCUUCAUUGCUUUAUGAAAUAUUUUAUAUGGAUAAAUAUUGUAAUAUUAUUGUAAUAUUAUUAAACAAAUAUCAGUUGAAUAUUAAAAAAUAUAGUGAUAUUAUAAUAAUUGUAUGUUGGAAUCAUAUAUAUGAUUGAGAAAAAUUGCUCGUUAUAUUAGAUGUGAUGUUAAUAAUUUAAGAUCUUAUUAGAAAUUUUAUUUUUCAUAAAAAAUAAAUCAAAAAUUGUACUUAUGGAUUUCACGAUUAAUGAAAAUAUUGGUGCAAUUAGAUUCGCGAUUUUAUAACAAACGGAACGUUUAUUUUUAUUUGUUGAUUAUCAUUUGUUGACUAUUUUCGAUUUUUAAACCGGAAGUGAUUGUCAAGUUUUGUAUGUUUUUACAGAUUUUUCUUAAAAGAUCUGUAUUUUGCUUAUAUGUUUUAAAUUUGAAUUUUUUAUUUUAUUUUUGGUCAUAUUCUAAUAUAAUAAUAAUAAACUCUCUAUUCUUA